AUGCCUGUUAUUCCUGAUCCAUCCGAGUUCCCAUCGGCUUCCCAGAAAGACCCGUCGAAGAAACCAUCCGGGGAACAGCGUGAGAAACCGUCGUUGGUGGACUAUCUCUCAAAGGGCCCGCAUAUUCCCGACGACAUGCCGUCGAAAGCGUCGAAAAAGGAGAUGGAAGCACGGAAGGAAGAACUUAACAAGCCCAAAAACUGA